AUGGAUCGAUGUCCUGCUGAAAUAUGCUCAGAGAUAUACGCAUACGCCUGCGUCGAUAACGGACGCACAGGUCGAUCGCUUUCCCUCGUGUCGACCUACAUACGUGAUACAUCACGCCCAUUUAAGCUCCAAUCCGUCUCCGUUGUCGGGUUCCAGCAACUCCUGUCCUUUGCUGCUCUACUUGAGGAUACUCCUCUCCAUCUUCGCCAGGUCAGAUGUAUAUUCAUCUCCGCACACGCUCAGAGCACGGCUACCGAGCCUAAAGCUUUGACUCCCGAAUACGCCAGGCGCGAGACGGCGUACGGCGCAGUAGGGAAGAUCCUACACGCCAUUUCUCACUGCGUCAGAGUCGUUCACGCCCUUUUUCUCUUCCACCGCCCAUUCCCCUUGCUCCCAGUCAGCCUUCCAUUCCUGCAAGAGCUCUCUUUACACGGACCCCCCGGCGCCGCUUCAAACGUGGACGAAGAAAUUCAAUUUGCGUCGUUGAACCAUCUCCAUAUAUCCUCCUCUUACUCCCCCCUCUAUAUCCUCGGAACAGUCGCAAAACUCACUCCAAACCUCAAGCACCUGCGCAUCUCCGCCCCGGAGCACUCUCCCAAUUUCGUCGAUGAAUUGAAGGAUAUCCUGGAAAACGCAACGAUACCCCUACCCACCCAUCUGGCCAAACUAUGCAUUCAUUCUCCAACGGAACCCAAGGAUAAUUGGGUGGGUAUGUUGGACCUUUAUGAACGGACGAUGGCUGCGCUGGAAGGCCUGUCGGCCGAAUACCCCUGGAUCUUGCUUCUCCCUCCCCUUCGGCUGGGAAUGUUCAGUACACUCUCGAUAGAAGACGCUGAAGCUGCAUGGCUUAAUAGUUGUGCUGGUCGGCAAUGGUGGUAA